GCGUGUGACGUGUGACGUAUCCGGAAGUGGAGAGCCGACUCCAAACGGCACAAACUCCGCUGUUUUCUCUUCAAAGGGCUCAAAUUCGUGCAGUUUUUCUUGUUUUGAUUUCAUUUCUUCACGUGUGGCUCAUCUUCCAUGGGCUGCGUUUAUGAAAAGGACAGAGAUUUGUUUAUAGUUUCGGAGAACAAAGAUGGUUUAAAGAGAAUCCGGAUGAAUCAGAGCCGGACAGUUUUCUGCAGCGGAGCGCAUCACGAGGAGCUGAGAACACAGGGGCCUGUCCGGGACUCGAACCUGUGUCCUCCUGCCCGUGUCCUCCUGAGUUUCUCCUGUGUCCUGUCCUCCUCUGAAGAUGGAGUCUGAGCUGUCUGUCCAGGUCGUGUCCCUGCUCCAGGCCGCUCUGUGGUGGGGGGCUGCAGGGGCCAUGGUGUUCGGGGGCGUGGUCCCGUACAUCCCUCAGUACAGAGACAUCCGGAGGACACAGAGCGCUGAGGGCUUCUCCACAUACGUGUGCCUCGUGCUGCUAGUGGCCAACAUCCUGAGAAUACUCUUCAGGUUCGGCCGAUACUUCGAGACGCUGCUCCUCUGGCAGAGCUUCAUCAUGAUCGGGACCAUGCUCACCAUGUUGAACCUCUGCACAAACGUCAGAGUGACCUCUGACCUCAACACCAAGAGACGCUCGUUCAUAGACUUUGACUGGAGCUACUUUUGGCUGUGGACUCGUUUCGUGGACUACGUGCAGUGCGUCGUGGCGUUCUCGCUGGUGGCGGCGUACGUCACCUACGUGCUGCUGGACUCGGCGCUUUACGUGGAGACACUCGGGUUCUUGGCCGUCUUCACGGAGGCCAUGUUGGGGACGCCUCAACUCUACUGCAACUUCCAGAACAAGUCCACAGAAGGAAUGAGCAUCAAGAUGGUCCUGAUGUGGACGAGCGGAGACACGUUCAAGACCGGCUACUUCCUCAUGACCCAGGCUCCGGUCCAGUUCUGGAUUUGUGGCCUUCUCCAGGUGUUUGUGGACUUUGCCAUUUUAUUCCAGGUUUACUACUACAGCCGAUACCCCCAGAAGCCCGUCUCCCACGCCGCCUCCCACACCAGCAGUGCCAAAGCCCUGUGAGCGAGCUGAGGACGCCACACUGAGCAUGACCAAAGCAUCAAGAUGGCGCCGCGAGUCUGUACGACACAAACAGCCAUAGAUCAGACGUGAACCGCAGUAUUUUAAAGACUCUUGUUACAGAAACAACUCAUUAGUGUCUCUUCCACUGGAGCGUCGGCCGAUGUGGAGCACAGACUCUAAACGUGACCCUGGAUCUGCCCGUGGUCAGUGAUCUGCCCGUGGUCAGUAUUACACACGUGGAGAUGUACUUAACGUUUCACUGAAGCCUUUUGUCGUCCGGAUGCUGAUGUUCGUUGCAUGGAGCCUCUGCCUUAAAUCUCCUUCAGUGUCACGCGGUGUUACCUGUAAUAUCCAUGUUCUGUCCAUAGGAGGCGUAUUUUUCAUAGACGUGUUCUCCUCGUUAUCCCAGAGAUGUGGAUUUAUAUGAACAAACAAUCAAAGAACUCACACUGUAACACAACACGUUUUUAUUCAGACAAUCUGGAGAAUUGUUUAAGUUUGUUAUUUUAUCUUUGAUUUUGUCAUUUUCAUGUUUAUCGCCAAGAACCUUCUGUGGUUGGUCAGUUUUAAAUGAAUCUAGAAUCAAAAGGGAGAGUUCAGUUUUAUGUUCACGUCACAUUUGAGUCGUAAAUGACGUUACACACUUUUGUAUAACAUUUAUAUCACGUGUGAUGCACCAGGUCUGUUGUUACUUCAUUAGAUUCAUGUUUCAGCUGUUUUCAUGUCUGGAUUACAUCAUCACAUAUUUCUACUUCACAGAGCAGAAGUUUCAUUUAUGUUUACACUUUUUAUGUUUUGUUCAUAAAUGUAACGCCCCUGCGGUCAGUCUCCCUCUGGUCACUGGCCUGUGUCUUCUGAAGCCCUGAAGCCCAAAACAAACUCUGCUGAAGCCCUGAAACUCGGUGCAAACUGCUCGUGUGAAGCAGGUCCAGAUUCUGGACACUUCCUUUGGGCUUUGAACGUCUCAGAUCUGAAUUCACAAAAACAUCUGCUGCAUUUUAUGCCAAAAACAUUUGUUUUCUCCAUUGGCGUCAGGGGCUGGAACAGAUGUGAAACUGUGAACGGAGGCAUGAGGUCACGUGACUUUAGGUCACGUGACUUUAGGUCAUGUGACUUUAGGUCAUGUGACUGCGGCGUCAUAAAUGAGACGACCUGACUUACUGCACAAUCGUUUAGAUUUUACAGACAGUGAGGCCCGGCAUUUAUACAAGACUCAUAAGAUUAUAUAGAGUUUACAUGUAUGUAAAGUACACAUGUAUGUGAAGAAUUAUACAUGUAUGUAGAGUAUACAGUACAUGUAUGUAUUAUAUAUGUUUUAUGUAAAGUUGUGAACGUCCUGAGGAAACGCUGCAGCUUAAAUCAAAGAAUGAGUCACAUUUACACUGAGCUCGGGUCAUUACACUGAGCUCAGGUCAUUACACUGAGCUCAGGUCAUUACACUGAGCUCAGGUCAUGUUCUUCCUCGUUUUCACUCGUGUCAGACUCGUCUGUUUUUCCUGCAGUUUUCUGUUUCAGUGAUUUUAACCCUUUUUUUUUUUCAAACAAAAUCUGUGAUUUUUAAAUUUCAUUUUAUUUUAUUUUUAAUGAAUCUGUUCAACAAAAAGUGUUUCACCUUCACUUCAGUGUCGAAUCAGGCAGGGUUAAAAUGACCUGAAGUUAAACUGACCUGAGGUUAAACUGACCUGAAGUUAAACUGACCUGAGGUUAAACUGACCUGAGGUUAAAAUGACCUGAGUUAAACUGACCUGAGGUUCUGUGUGAAGUGCCUGGUUCAUUAUUUCAUUGAAGCUGAGCUUCAUUUUCCUGACGCUGUGAAACGGGUGGAGCUGUUUCCUCGUCUCCAGUGAAGAGGCUCGUCUGUUGUCAUGGUGAUAUCGUUUGUUUAUUUACGAGUCGGCUCCAUGAAGCAGGAGGAGCUCAGUGUUUGUCCAAUGACCUGGAGGUUGGAGGUUUGACUCAACAAAAACAAAACAUAAUCUGUAGAACGAACAGAGCCACGGAGCCACAGAGCCACAGAGCCACUGAGCCACGGAGCCACAGAGCCACAGAGCCACAGGCUGGAGGUGAGUCCAGCUCCACAGAUGAAGACACUGUGUCUUUGAGCAAGACACUUUACCCCAGUGUGUGUGUGUGUGUGAGUGUGUGGAGCGAGAGCGGCGAACACAGCAGGGCCCUGUGUCCGCGGGCCCCUGUGUCCGCGGGCCCCUGUGUCUGUGGCCCCUGUGUCCGUGGGCCCCUGUGUCUGUGGCCCCUGUGUCCGUGGGCCCCUGUGUCUGUGGCCCCUGUGUCCGCGGGCCCCUGUGUCUGUGGCCCCUGUGUCCGUGGGCCCCUGUGUCUGUGGCCCCUGUGUCCGUGGGCCCCUGUGUCCGCGGGCCCCCGUGUCGGGGUUAAACAGGUUCCCGUUUCACACAGACUGAAUCUUUAGUUUGAUCUAAACUCUUAAAGUGCCUCAUCGACUCUAAACACAAACCUCAGUGUCAAACAAAACUCUGAUCCCAAGACCUCGAGAUUCUGCAGGUCAACGAUUCAUUUACAUCCUGGACUUACUGAAACAUCCUGGACUUACUGAAACAUCCUGGACUUACUGAAACAUCCUGGACUUACUGAAACAUCCUGGACUUGCAAACAAAAAGCCUCAGAAUGUUUCAUGAACCAAGGCGUUUGACCCAGUGACCGGACAGAACAUCAGAGCUGUUUACAGGAGGAAUAUUUCCACGUUGGUUCUUCUCGCUCAUCGAGGUCGUGAGACUCUGGAGAACAUCAUCAGUUUUUAUUAUUCCACAUGUUUUGUGUCUCUGGACACGUGACGGUCACUGCUCUGGACAGAGUUUAAUCACCGUCUGUUUCUGCUGUUAUAUUUUCAUAUUUUACAGUAUUUUAUCAAAGUCCAAAAGUCUUUAUAUUUUAUUUACAGAAAUGUUACCAGAAUACGUUCAUUUGUAAAACUGUUUUACCUUAAAAGGAAUAAAGUGAAACUGAACAGUUUCAUACGGG